GCACAGGGGACGGAAUUGCAGUACGCACACACUUCCUGAUGGAGCUGCUCCUGCGAAGAAUAUAAAUACACUUCUAGCAAGCCAGCUAGACGAGUUGUGAAAAAGUUAUGUCUGGCUGUCAUGUAGAUUUAGAAAGACUAUUUUCAAAAAUGGACGUAAUUCCUUGAUUUUCCGUACAUGAAUAGUCAAAAAUAUCCCCAUGUCCAGAGAGCCGGCACUGGCGACAAGUCAACUGCGACGGGUUGGUUUGUUGAAGCUAAUAAGUCCCGGUAGCUAAUGUUAGCAACCAGGCCAGUCACAUAACGCAAGCUGGCUGGCUAAUACAAUGUAGGCCUUAAGUACCGGUAGCUUGUUUUACUUGCGAUUGUGAAACUUGUAAUGAUAAGUUGUGGUCUGCAUUGGUGUAAAGUGACGCCAUGUGAAUUUAGCUUGGCUUUACUUAAGCCUAAAGCUGUCUUUGAGUACUCUUUAAUUAGUGUGACAGUUUUUUUCUAUAGCAGCAGUUAGCUCUGCUAGUUAAGCUACUUUGUUAGCCAGUAGGGUGACUGUAUCAGACUAUAUGACAGAAGGCUAACGUUAAGCCGUUGCAUCUAGUUUGACAGCUGACGACAGAAUCCUUUAAGUGGCUAACGUUAUCGUUUUUAUGUUAUUUGCAUUGUGCGUAAAGACACUGUAGUUGUUCUCUUGAGCCAUUAUGUUGCUAGAUCAUUUGAAGCAAGUCUGCGCAUCCUCUUGCUCAAUUUAUCUGUGACUAGAUGUUAAUAUUUGCGUUCUUUUUCUCUGCAAUUUGCCCGCUCCUCAGUAAGUUACUAGCCGACGUUAGCUAGUAAUGUCUCUAACUUUACCAUCCGCCGAUAUACUUGAAACACCUCCUGGAUAUCCAUUUGAAGAAAUUAACUAUGGGGAUAUUGAAGUUGAGGAGGUGGUGGGGAGAGGAGCUUUUGGGGUUGUUUGUAAAGCCAAAUGGAAAGGGAAAGAUGUUGCAAUCAAGACCAUCGAGAGUGAAUCAGAAAGGAAAGCCUUUAUUGUUGAGCUCCGGCAGCUUUCACGUGUAAAUCACCCCAACAUUGUGAAGUUGUAUGGAUCUUGCCAUAGUCCAGUCUGCCUUGUAAUGGAAUAUGCUGAAGGCGGGUCGUUGUACAAUGUGCUGCAUGGUGCUGAACCCCUCCCCUAUUACACUGCUUCCCAUGCCAUGAGCUGGUGUUUUCAGUGUUCCCAGGGCGUGGCCUAUCUCCAUGGCAUGAAACCAAAGGCUCUCAUUCACAGGGACCUCAAGCCACCCAAUCUGCUUCUAGUGGCAGGCGGCACUGUACUGAAGAUUUGUGACUUUGGAACAGCAUGUGACAUUCAGACCCACAUGACCAACAACAAAGGAAGUGCAGCAUGGAUGGCUCCAGAGGUAUUUGAAGGCAGCAAUUACAGCGAGAAGUGUGAUGUGUUCAGCUGGGGGAUCAUUCUCUGGGAGGUGAUCACUCGCAGGAAGCCCUUUGAUGAAAUCGGAGGACCAGCUUUCCGCAUUAUGUGGGCUGUGCACAACGGCACAAGGCCUCCUUUAAUCAAAAAUUUGCCCAAGCCCAUUGAGAGCCUGAUGACUCGCUGCUGGUCUAAAGACCCCUCUCAGCGGCCUUCCAUGGAAGAGAUAGUGAAGAUCAUGACCCAUCUAAUGAAGUACUUCCCAGGAUAUGAUGAACCCCUGCAAUAUCCAUACCAGUAUUCAGAUGAGGGACAGAGCAACUCUGCAACUAGUACAGGUUCAUACGUGGACUACACCGGCACUAGCACGAGCAGCAGAAGUGACGCAAACAUGGAGCACAGUGAUUCUCAGGGGAGCAACGAUACUAUCAAGAUAACACCUCAGUUUGCUCCUCACUUCAAGCCAAAGGGAGACCCACUGAGGACUCUGCCUCUGUCCAGGGGGGGCAGCGUUGAGAGUCUGCCUGCGCGAACACAGUGCCUGGCGUCGUCUGACAGCAAAAGAAUGAGUGCUGACUUGUCAGAGCUGGACCCCAAGAUGCCGUUUGCACCUGCAGCACACCCCCAGUAUAAACGAGGCCACCGUAAAACGGCAUCAUUCGGCACCAUUCUGGAUGUUCCCAAGAUCGUCGUCACAGCCACAUGUGAGCCUCAGAGACGUCGGUCUGUGCAGGAUCUGCCAGGCAUUGGCACAGAGUCCAGCCAGGGGAGCAGGAACAGCAGCCGGUCCUCUAGUCCUAGUGUGAGGAUGAUGCCACCUGAUAAGACCAGCAGCAGAGGUUAUUUCUCACCUGAUGACCCCACAGACACCAACGGCUCAGACAACUCCAUUCCCAUGGCUUAUCUCACCCUGGAUCACCAGCUGCAGCCUCUCACUCCCUGUCCCAACUCCAAAGAGUCUAUGGCUGUGUUUGAGCAGCACUGCAAGAUGGCCCAAGAAUACCUGAAAGUGCAAACAGAGAUCGCCCUGCUGAUACAGAGAAAGAAGGAGCUCAUCGCUGAACUGGACCAAGAUGAGAAGGACCAGCAGAACACAUCCCGUCUGGUGCAGGAGCACAAAAAGCUGCUGGAGGAGAACAAGAGUCUGUCCACAUACUACCAGAAGUGCAAAAAACAGCUGGAGCUGAUCCGGGUCCAGCAACAGAAGAGACAGGGCACAUCGUGAUGAGACAGAGACAUACGAACUGCUUCCACCCCUUCCUCACCCACCCACCUCCUCACCCUAGCACUAUAACACUACCCACUGUCAUGCUUUCCACACACACACACACACACACACACACAGUCCAGCUUCCCAGUCCAAGAGACCUGCAUUCGACUGUGUCCUGCAUGUUGCAUUGAAAACCCUUACUUGUGUCCAGCGGGAAGAUGGCGUCCUCUGUAUAUACCUUUGCACAUGCUCACAGUGUACUCUGUGACCGCAGACCAAACAAUCAGUGCACCCCACAGCCUGCUGCUUGUGCGCUGCGGGACGGACCCUUUCUACAUCGUGUCCUCUGAGUGUAACGAGGACAGUAAGCAUGUGUUUCUGUAUGUUCGCUCUCAGGGCCUCUGGGCUGCCUGGUCAGAGUGUGUGUGUGUGUGUGUGUCUCCACUCCUCAGCAGCUGACAGCCACACUGUCCUCCAGAAUGUGAAAAACCAAGACAAAGGCUUUUCAGCAAAAUGUGUGAAUCGUGCAGAAUUUUCAGAGCAGUGAGUGCAUGUGGGAUCCCUGUUAUGCAAAACACACACACACACCCCCUUAAAUCAAGUAUUUAUCUCUAACCUCCUCCUUUUCUAAUCGUGAGCAUGAGCCCUUCCACAGACCACCAUACCUGUUUACUUCUCGCGAGGUGUUUGAUGUAUUCAGUUCACAGAGGGAUGUGCUUCAUUGCAGACAUCGCAGAAAAAGGAAUCGCUCGGGGUUUGUAAACCAGCUGUAAUGAUCUGCUCCUCAUGCUCUUUAAAAAAAAAAAAAAGGAAAAAAAAAGCUUCCAGAGCAAAUAAGAGAGAGCUGUGGAUUUCCUUUUCAUUUUGACUUCAGUAUUGUUUUUUUUUUGGUUUUUUUUUUGUUUUGUUUUUUUUUUGUGUGUAGAUGUUCCUGUCUUUUCUAUUCAGUAGUUCACUUUGUAUGAUAGCUCUUGUGUAAUUUUUGCAUUAGAACAUAUUUUAUCUGGUCUGGGAAUGCCCUCACGGACAAAAUAGAGGAGCCUGUAGCUCUCUAUACAGUAUCUAGUCUGUUUUUAGUUCACAUGUGGCCUUAGAAGUUGCCUGCAUUUUAAGUGCUUGUUUUAUGUGACAUUUAGUGGGGAUAAAAGCUUAAAAAAAACCAACAUAUUUUUAAUGUAAUUGACAUUGAAUGGAAAUCUUUCAGAGUGAGAAGGAUGUAUGUCAGUAAGUUGUUAUAAUGUAAAUGUUUGCCACCAGCUUUAUAUCCAAAACAAUGAUAUGUAUUCUAAAAGAUGAAUUUGAUGUGACUUUUUCUCUCUCUCUCUCUUUUGGUUUCAUGUUCCUCAGAUAUUUUUUGCACAAUCACUUUGUUUUGUCUGGUCAUGUAGAAAUUUUAUUUUGAGCAAUUCACUUUUUAAAAGUGCAAGACUUGUUGAGUCUUACUUUUAAAUGUGUUACUGUACAGGAGUCAAUCUUCACUGGUUCUCAUGACUUUCUGUUCGAUAAAAAAAUUCGUUUAACAAACACCACCACACUGUUUUUAAGCUUUUCUUACUAAGUUAUCAGGAACUAAGGUACAGUACAUGACCGUGAGCAAGGCAUUAUGAAAUAAACUGAAUGGUGAGAAGA